AUGGACCAGACAUUCCCGAUCCGAGCCAUGGCAUCGCAUUGGAAACACGCGCCCAUCAAAAAACCCGCCAAAGCACCGUGGGACGCCGAAAUCUCGGGCACCGACUUGGCCAGUCUUCUCCUCGGCUCCGUCCCAUCCCAAAUGGAAGACAAAUGGUUCUGCUUCGCCGACGACGCUGACUCCCACGGAAAUAUCCUCGUCCAUCUCGUCCGCAGCUGGUCCGGCGCCGAGAUAAUCGUCCUCCGCGUCCGCGCCGCGCUUGACGGUACAGGGCUUGUCAACGAGCGCGCCCCCGCCAAGGUGACGGAAAUCACAUGGGAGGACGAUAGCCGUGAAGAGGAUCGCGGCGAGGCCUGGGCCAAGCAGAGGGCCGAGAUGGUAUGCCGGGGCAUCUUGCAAUGCGAACUGGCGGCUCCCAAGUCAAGGGCGUGUCAGCUGAAGGGAAGCUAG